UCGGCUAUCUCGGUCCCCGGUGUUAGCGCGGACGUGCCCCCGCGACUACACGCCGCACCGUCGGGGAAUGCGUUUUCGCGAGCGUCGGUGGAUCCGAAGGCGCGAUUAUGCCAUCACGCUACCAUGGGAUAUUUGUCUUGUGUAUCGCCACGGUAGCAUCCUGUCCGCCGGCGGGGGGACGGUGCUCUGUCUGGCGCGCACUAAGUAGCGUAAGCGUGCUGCUCACCUUGCCGGAGAUGACGCGCCAAUGGUCGCUCUUAGGACUGAAUAUCUGGCCGAAUCACGCGGCGGAUAAGCCGACGUCUAACGAACUCCUCGAACGUGACGCGACUCGAUUUUCCCGGGUGCUGAACUUCUUUCCCGUUCCGGUCGAGGAAGAGUGCCUGUCCGAGGACAAACGACGUCAGGGAAUAUGCAUGAAUACAUAUGAGUGCCGCAUUCAGCGCGGGCAAUCUCACGGACCGUGCGCGCUCGGUUUCGGCGUGUGCUGCAUAUUCACGGCAAGCUGCGACAGUGAGGUACAGAAUAAUCUGACCUACGUGACCAGUCCUGGUUUUCCCAACCUCAUCGACCGGCCUAUGAACUGCACGGUGGUUGUACGGAAGAUCGAUACGGAGGUCAGCCAGUUGAGGAUCGACUUCGUCCAUUUCAACAUUGGUCAGCCAAACGCCGUGACCGGCAUGUGCGACGGAGAUGUCAUGGUAAUUAACAAUAACAGGACGUCUCUCGAACUGUGUGGAUGGAACAGCGGGCAACACGUGUACGUGGACGUGGGCGAAGGCGACGAACCAAUCACUUUAAACUUCCGGCUGCCGAGCGGGCUGCAGCCACGAAUGUGGGAGAUGCGGGUGGUGCAACUGGGUUUCGAGCAACGCGCUCCGGUCGGGUGUCUCCAAUACUUUCUCUCGUCCAGCGGCACGCUGAGGACAUUCAAUUACCUCCCGAACGGCAGAUACCUCGCCGAACGCGACUACCUAUUAUGCGUUCGUCAGGAGAGGGACAUGUGCGGUAUCGCUUAUCAGCCCUGCACGCCAAACUCUUUUCGGAUAGGUCCCGGUAGGCCUCAGGACACGUCCAACGCGACCGGCAACGUCGUGCCCGCAGCGAUCGCCACGAACGGCGGAAACGCCUCCGCUGUCGAUCUAAACGUCGCUCCCGCAAACGGUCUCGACGCGGACGUCGUCGAGGGAUCGGGUGCGGGAUCACCCGACCAGGAAAUGGCUUUUACUCCCAGCACGAAUUCGGUCCAGCCCUUCCUCGGGAGACGAUGCAGGGACAGGAUACUCAUUCCUUGCGAUUUUGAGGAAUUUAUCACACCGGGAAACAACAUGGCAGGCAUCUGCAAUUUGGAGCGUUGCGGCAGUUCGCUGUGCGGCGUGAACGAACUCGAUGCGGAGGGUAACUGCCGGGUCGAGACCUGGACUACCCCCUUUCGUAUAAGGGUGGCGUUCGGUCCGUCUGUUAACACGGAUGGCGCAUUGGAAGACAAUGCCGGCAUGUGCCUCAUGUACCAGCAGCUAGCUUGCGUAGCCUGAGCGUUUAUAAUUAUCCCGCUCUCCGCAGGACGCAUAAAGCGCAAAGCAGAACGCUAGAGACGACCUAUAAACGCGGAGACGACUGUUACUGUCGAACCGAGGAGGGAAGCGCCAUCGACUGCGAACGCCCGCUUCUGCGGCAUUGUUUCCGCAACGACGUCGCUCUCGCGGCGGGAAAUACGGGAAAGUACUUUCGAAACGGGACAAAGGAUAUUUCGCGGAUUUCGCCCGCGCGGGUGUUCGGGCCGGCUGAUGGACGCGGGAUUACGGGAUGGGAAUUUGCGGGGCUCGGACGGUGGUGAGAGAAUCGCGCUUGUAAAGCCAAUUGAUACCACAAAGCGAGUCAAAGAGUCAAAUAGUUUUUAUUUACAAAUGAACUAGCUUAAAUCGUAAACGCAGCGCACAACUCUCGAUAUAGUGAUAGAUAUAUUUAUAUAUCUGUAUAUAUAUAAUAUAUAUAAUUCGCCUUUGUGUCCCGCUUCUUUUUUUCUUCUUCUUCUUAUUCGAUUACCCGUCACGAUCAUCGGCUACGAUACGCAGUAUGUGUUUUAAUCACGGGGCACCGGCAUCUCACCGCCGAGGUUCCUCGAGCGCGAGAUUAGCGGCAAAACGCUUAUCUAUUAUGUAUAAUAACGUACGGUGGUAGUUUUCGCUGCGGAAGGCGCCGACGACAAUCACGGCAAUCGUUAGCGAUAACGAUAAUGACGUUACAAGAAUAAAUUAUAAUGUCGUUAAUACAAUAAUGUCGACGAUGACGACGGCAUCACCUCGAAUUGCUCUCCUAGAAGAAACGUGCGCUUCGUCACCUUGUCCCCCCCCCCCUCCCCUCCCCACGGGGAAGCCAAGAUCGCGUUAGUCUUUCUUUUAUACAAGCUAUCUCGCAUAUAUCUAUACGCCGUGUGUGGUAAUUAUAAUUCGUAAAUUCAUCGCGGUAACGAUAAGGAAAAUUAGCGGCAAUAUAAUGGAGACAAUUCGACGACAGUGGUGAAACUGCAGCGGUUAACUUCGAUGUCGUCGUCGGCGACACGUCGCUGUCGUACAAUUCGAAAUCAUACGUAUCUACCUACGAAGUCAAAAGGGCUGUUAAGUAGCGUAAGAGAGGGCGGUGAUCGCGACGAACGUGUGUAAUGCAAAUGUGUACGUGAUUACGCGUGUCUCUGUGUACUUUUGUCACUUGGUGCGGGGGGCACACGCGUUUCUGUCCUAAUUACUCUACCGAUACAGUUUCGGAUGUCCGUGGGGCGUUUAACCCACCGAGCGCUGAGGCCAUGUACCGAGGGGUGAAUCCACGUUAAGUUCAAAUAAAUUAAUACGCGGCGCAGAGAGGGAGAGAUAGAGAGAGAGAGAGAGAGAGAGAGAGAGAGAGAGAGAAAAAAGAAUUUAUUUCUCCAUCUUCGGAACGACAAUAUUCUCUCAUCUUACGUCGAAAUGCGUCACGCGUGCGUCGGCUGAAAGUGAUAAUUUCCGACGUGAUAAUUUUUCGUAAUGGGGAAAAGUCGAACGUGUUCGGUGGUUCUGUCUUCGGAUCGAUUAAGCACCCCACCGCAUCCGAUUGAGCUACGUGUUCCCGAAGAACUGUCGGACGUUCGUCGUUGUAUUUACAUCGUCGAGCGAUACAACGGAGCACUGUACAAUUCGCGAUGCUCACGGCGUGCGCAGGUAACGCGAGACUCGGGGUAAAUGACGGUUGACGGUGCCGCACGGAGGCGGCGAUAUCGAAUCCGGAGGAUACUUCCUCGAACAUCCGAUAAAAGAUUCGGGAUUCCGCCCAGGCCGAGGCGAAUCCGAUCAUCUCGGAAUCUCCGCCGAGUUUCCGCGAGCGUUUGAAAAAUUCACGUAACACGAGAGUACCUCUCUCGGCACAAGGCUCUUUUUUUCCAUUAUCCUAGCGUCCUUGUAGCGAGAGAUUUUUUUAUCGAACCACCCGAGAAGUUGCCGUACGUACGGAAUGUACGUUCGGCUAUUCGAAACUUCUACGGCUAUCCGAAUUUGUUAAUUAACCCGACCGACGUCCGAGUCGCGUCCUGAGAAAAAAUCCGGACGCGGCUCGAUUUGUGCCCGCGCAACCUGCGCAUCCUGCUACUCAAUCAAACCGAAUUUCUACGUAUUAGAAAACCUGGUAUUAGAAAACCUGGACUUCCACCCUCGAUCCUGAAAGCGGACGCGGCGGAACCAGCGGAGAGACGCUUACGGAGAAGCAACGCGAGUCGAUCGGGACUGCCAGAUUAUUUUUCUCCCGCGUCGAUCGAUUUCUGAACGUUCAACGAUGUAACGCGGGGGGUUUGCGCGGAGUCGAAAUUGGCACCCGAAUCAGCGGAAGGUAGCGGCACGUAAGUAAACGCGCGGCGAGAGCGUAGUUAACGCGCUUCUAGCGAGUCGGCAAAUGGGUAAUCGAUGGCCAUUAAUCAAUUUCGACUGGCGCGUCCGCGGCGCGUCGCGUUAUCAUAAAGCCCGGGCCUCAAAGUGGGACGCUCGAUGUGAGGGCACGUGGGGUACGCGCGCCGGGAAGAGCCUGGACGACACCGCCCAGGGGUGAGGAGAGAGAAAAAGGUCUAGCAAUCCGGCGGUCCCGCAGGUCCAACGUAAAGCAAAAGGAGCGAGCGCGGUGGUGUGAAGCCGCAAGCGGCGAACGUACAUUACUGUAAAUUAUGCUAACGUUACUGGCCGUCACGAAAGAGAGUAGGUACCAUAAGACUUGGCUACAAAUGGUGCGGCACUAGAGCAACAAUACGUGUGCGGAUCGCACGCGCGCACACACACACACGCACACGCACACGCAUUCAUCCACCCACACACAC